GAAGGAGGUGAGGCAAACGCUGUGGGAGGAAACACGGAUAUCUGCGCAGUCUUGAGAUGUUCUACUUACCCUACACGCAGAGAGAGACCGCGUGAUAAAUGCAGGACUGAUCUCUUACGAUCCCUGAGGACUGAUCUCUUAUGAUCCCUGAGGACUGAAAAACGAGUGACCUCUGUGGACACCCAGCGGACCCCUCCGAAGGAGUGCUGACCCAACCCCAACCCCUAGUCUGGGACCUCCUGACCUAUGGUGUGCGCUCGCUCAGUCGCCAUGGGCAACGGAUCAAUGAGAAGCCUGCGUGCGGAGGGGAAUGGCGUGGGCUCGUCGGGAGCGGAGGUCAAGGCGCUGGGGGUCAAGGUGACCCCUGGCGGGGUCGGCAGCGGAGGCGAGGAGGGGCCAGAGUGGGAGGCGGAGCUUCUUCGGGGGCGUGUGGCGCGUCUGGAGGAGGAGCUAGCCCAGCGUGAGCGAGAGCUGCGGGCCCAGGAGGUCCAGCUGCAGGCCCUCCGCCGCGAGCUGGACGCCAAGCACUCCCAGAUCGACAAGCUCCAGGACGCCAUCGGCUACCACCAGCAUGGCCACGCCCUCGCGCCCUGGCCGCACUCGCCGCCCCUUGGCCCGGUCCACGUGGGGUCAGCGGGGUCAGCGUCGCGCCUGCUGAGCGUCAUCAACCAGGGCCCCGCCCGCUUCCAGCGCGUCGCCGUGGAGGUGCACCGUCGCCUGCGCGCCAAGGAGGGCGUGUCCGCCGAACCCACGUCGGGCCAGUUUGGCCCCUCCCACCACCAGAGCAGAGCGCAUCACCUGUCUGGGGAGAAAGCACGAGUGCGCAAGGACUCCAGUACGCGGCGUCUGAUAACGGAGGCUCUGCUGCACAAUGACUUCCUGAAGGCUCUGGAGCAGCAGCACCUGCGUGAGGUGGUGGACUGCAUGUACGAGCGCGUCUACGGCCAGCAGCAGCUGCUCAUCCAGGAGGGACAGCCUGGACACUACCUCUACGUACUGUCAGAGGGCCUUUUGGAAGUUAGUCAGAAUGGGAAGCUCUUGGGUCAGAUGCGGCCAGGAACAGCCUUCGGGGAGUUGGCCAUCCUCUACAACUGCAAGAGGACUGCCACUGUUAAAGCGGUGGCUGAGUCGCACAUCUGGGCUCUGGACAGACAAAUGUUCCAGAAAAUUAUGAUGAGAUCGACUCAGGCCCGAAAUGAAGAGUACUUUAGUUUCUUACGCAGUGUGUCUCUCCUGAAAGACCUGCCUGAGGAGAAGCUGGCCAGAAUAGUUGACUGUCUGGAGGUGGAUUACUUUGAUGAAGGAGACUAUAUUAUUCGUGAGGGAGAGGAAGGGAGCACAUUCUUUAUUAUUGCUCAAGGAGGGGUGUGUGUGACUCAGACUAUGGAAGGGUGUCCUGAUCCACAGCAGAUUAAGACUCUUGGGGUCGGGGAUUACUUUGGAGAGAAAGCGCUUAUCAGUGAAGAUGUCCGAUCAGCUAACAUCAUCGCCACAGAGAACAACACACAAUGCCUCGUCUUGGAUAGAGAUAACUUCAACCAGAUGGUGGGCACCUAUGAGGAGCUGCAGGCCUACCUGAGGGAGUAUGUGGAGCAGCUCGCACGCAGUGACCAGAGGAGGAAUGCCAUGCCCCAGUCUCCCCUGCAGUGUGAGUCGAGUGUGGAGGCGUUGGAGCUGCGUCGUCUGAGGGACAAGCUCUCGCUCCUGCCCUCCCCCUCCUGCCCCUUCCAGCACCUGCAGCUCAUCGCCACGCUGGGCAUGGGCGGCUUUGGACGCGUCGAGCUGGUGAAGCUGAAGGAUGAGGAUACAGGCUUUGCCCUGAAGUGCAUCAAGAAGAAGCACAUCGUGGACACCAGACAGCAAGAGCACAUCUACUCUGAGAAGAACCUCCUGCAGCAGAUACACUCCAAAUUCAUCGUCAAGUUGUACCGGACAUUUCGUGACGAUAAGUGUGUGUACAUGCUGCUGGAGGCUUGCCUUGGAGGGGAACUAUGGACCGUGCUGAGGGACAUGAGCUGCUUUGAGGAGGCCACUGCUCGGUUCUGCAUUGGAUGUGUGCUGGAAGCCUUCGACUACCUGCAUGGGAAAGGCAUCGUGUACCGCGACCUCAAGCCUGAGAACCUGCUACUAGAUGCAGAGGGAUAUGUCAAAAUGGCAGACUUUGGUUUUGCGAAGCGCAUCGGCCUGGGAAAGAAGACCUGGACGUUCUGUGGAACGCCGGAGUACGUGGCACCCGAGGUCAUCCUGAACAAGGGCCACGACUUCGGGGCCGACUGCUGGUCCCUUGGCAUCCUCAUCUUUGAGCUGCUCACUGGCAGCCCCCCGUUUACGGGGUCGGACCCCAUAAAAAUCUACACCAUGGUCCUACACGGUAUCGAGAAGGUGGACAUGCCCAAGCGCAUCAGCAAACGGCCAGAGGACCUCAUCAGAAGACUGUGCAAGCUUAACCCUGCAGAGAGACUCGGCAAUAAGAAGAAUGGCAUCAUAGACAUCAAGAAGCACAAGUGGUUCCAAGGCUUCAACUGGGAGGGUUUGCGGCGAGGCAAGCUGGCAUCUCCACUGAGGAGAGAGCUGAAAGGCCCUCUGGACCACAGCCACUUCGACAUGUUCCCACCGGAGCUGGAGCAGCCUCCAGAUGAGCUGUCGGGCUGGGACAAGGACUUCUGAGGAGGAGGAGGAGAGGAGGACAGAAGAGCUUAGGACAAGGACUUCUGAGGAGGAG